GCUCCAUUCUCCCAAACCAACAAGACCAGGAAGGAUUGCUGUCCGAAGAAACAUGGGGCACAAAUUUCAGUCUUCAUUGGCGGGACUUCUUUUACUUUUCGCCUUCUCAUCGGCACAAACCAGAGGCGAUUUUUCCGAGUCAUGUGUGACAAAUGAUGGCUUUGGAACGUACUGUCCAACUACCUGUGGGGUGGCUGAUUAUUGGCUGAAAUACAGGCCAGUUGUGGACCAAGAGUUGAACUAUAUGGAGAGAGAACUGGAUAAAAUUGCUAAUUUAACAGAUGGAGCUCAAGGCGUCGUGGAGUACAUGAAAGACUCUGUUGUAUCAGCCCAAAAGGCUGGCCCCUCAGACCAGAGCUACAAAAGGUCAUCCAGUAUAAUGGAAGAUAUCCUUCGUUUUGAAAAGACUAUCGUCAUUCAGGAGCAGCAAAUAUAUGAAAUUCAGAGUAUAAUUACAUCCAAUGAGAGGAGAAUGGUGGACCUCAAAGCCCUCGCCAUUAAACUGGAUCAGAAGUGCAACGAGCCAUGCAAAGACACCGUUGUGAUUCAGCCCACAACAGGAACAGACUGCCAGGAUAUCGCCAGCAAGGGCGCUACCACCAGUGGCCUUUACUACGUCAAGCCAGCCAAGGCAACGGAGCCGUUCCUGGUCUACUGUGAGAUCGAUGACACUGGACGUGGCUUCACGGUGCUGCAAAGGAGACGUGAUGGGAGUGUGGACUUCAGGAAGGACUGGGUGCAGUACAAGGAAGGCUUCGGUUACCUCUCUCCUGAUGACACCACUGAAUUUUGGCUCGGCAAUGAGAAGAUGCAUCUGCUGACAACCCAGUCCACCAUCCCAACUGUGCUGAGGAUCGAGCUCGUUGACUGGGAUGGCAACAGGAAGCACGCCGACUAUGCCAUGUUCAGAGUGGCGCCGGAGGUCGACAUGUACCGUCUGACCUAUGCCUACUUCUAUGGCGGUGACGCAGGAGACGCGUUUGAUGGCUUUGACUUUGGAAACGACCCCAGCGACAAAUUCCAGACAUCCCACAAUGGCGCGCAGUUCAGCACAUUUGACAAAGACAAUGACAAGUUUCAUGGCAAUUGCGCUCUUCAAGAGGGCUCUGGAUGGUGGAUGAACAGCUGCCACGCUGCCCAUUUGAAUGGCAAAUACUACAGGGGCGGAAGGUACUCGGAUAAGGACACGACCUUCGACAACGGCAUCAUUUGGGUCACGUGGCACGACCGCUGGUACUCGUUGAAAGAGACCACCAUGAAAAUCAUUCCUAUCAGCAGAAUCGGGGGAGGUGGUGGACAGCAGAUUGGCAUCAAACAGUUCGGAGGACUGGGAGACUCUUAAAAUGUAGAGAAGAAGAAGAAUAAAAGCACCACUGUAUGCAGUUCAUUUGAAUCUUAAAACUAGCUCACCGAAUACUCCACUUAAAACUCUCCAGGUUUUAAGUGUCAGUCAUCAACAAAUUCCUCGACAAGGAAUCUCAGUUUGAAUUUGACUCAUAGUUCUUACAUGAUGCUCUGGGACACUGAAAGGAUUUCACUUGUUUUGUCAUUUGUCUUGUCAUUUGUCUCCAGUGUAGAUUUGCCUGCAAAAUAAAUGUCUUUUCUUUA